AUGGCGGCGAGCGCGCUGCUGACGGGGUCGCCGUGGCUGCGCAUGCGCUUCCUCCCGGACGCGCCCGCGCGCCCCUUCCGCCACCUCCACCUCCACCUCCGCCGGGCCCUCUCCGUCCGCGCCUCCGCCACCCGCGCCAGCGGCAGCCCCGGCCCCGUCCGCGUCCGCUUCGCGCCGUCGCCCACCGGCAACCUCCACGUCGGCGGCGCCCGCACCGCGCUCUUCAACUACCUCUUCGCGCGCUCCACGGGGGACGCUUCGUGCUCCGCGUCGAGGACACCGACCUCGAGCGCUCCACCCGGAAGUCCGAGGAAGCCGUCCUCGCCGACCUCGCCUGGCUCGGCCUCGAAUGGGACGAAGAUUUUGAAAACAUUGUUUGCUAACAUCCUCUUGAUUGUCGUGUUCCCUGCACUUGCGAAGGGUUAUGUAUGCAAGCAUUGUGAUGAAUAUUCAGUUUCAUCAUAUCAUCAUAGAGUAGAGCGUGCUAUCUAUACAAUUAUAGCAGAAAUAACUGUUGGACAUCCAUAUUUAGGUCCGGAUGUGGGUGGGGAAUUUGGGCCUUAUCGCCAGUCAGAGCGCAAUUCACUAUACAAGCAGUAUGCCGAGAAGCUUUUGGACUCUGGUGCGGUUUACCGCUGCUUUUGCUCCAAUGAGGAACUUGAGCAAAUGAAGGAAGUCGCAAAGCAGAGACAACUUCCUCCUGUGUAUAUGGGGAAGUGGGCAAGUGCUUCAGAUGUAGAAGUACAGCAGGAGUUAGAGAAAGGGACACCUUACACUUACCGCUUCCGUGUGCCAAAGGAAGGAUCAUUGAAAAUUAAUGACUUAAUUCGUGGUGAGGUCAGUUGGAACUUAGAUACGCUUGGUGAUUUCGUGAUUAUGAGAAGCAAUGGACAGCCUGUGUAUAACUUCUGUGUGACAGUUGACGAUGCUACCAUGCAAAUAUCUCAUGUUAUCAGAGCUGAAGAGCAUUUACCAAACACAUUGCGGCAAGCUCUAAUUUACAAAGCUCUUGGAUUCACAAUGCCUUCAUUUGCUCAUGUUUCGCUUAUUCUGGCUCCUGACAGAAGCAAACUGUCUAAACGGCAUGGAGCUACUUCUGUUGGGCAGUAUAAAGAGAUGGGCUAUCUACCUCAGGCAAUGGUGAAUUAUUUAGCACUACUGGGCUGGGGUGAUCGAACCGAAAAUGAGUUCUUCACUAUUGCUGACCUAGUCCAGAAAUUCACUAUAAAUCGUGUCAAUAAAAGUGGAGCAGUCUUUGAUGCAACAAAAUUGAAAUGGAUGAAUGGCCAACAUUUAAGAUCAUUUCCCCAUGAUGAACUCAUCAAGGCUUUUGAAGAUCGGUGGAAGAACACAGGCAUUCUCCAGGAAUCUGAAAGCGGGUUUGCUAAGGAAGCUGCCGAGCUUUUGAAGGAUGGUAUUGAUUUGAUAACAGAUGCUGAUGCGGCUCUUACAAAUUUGUUAUCGUAUCCCCUUCAUGCUACUUUAAGCAGUGAGGAAGCUAAACCUAUGGUGCAAGAUAAGAUUUCUGAGGUUGCUUCAGGUCUUAUUUCUGCCUAUGAUAGCGGUGAACUCACUCAAGCACUAGGUGAGGGUCGUGAUGGUUGGCAGAAGUGGGUUAAAGGUUUUGGCAAGUCUACGAAAAGAAAGGGCUCUUCAUGCCGCCUCCGAGUACUGUUGACUGGGAAGCUUCAUGGGCCUGACAUGGGUGGCAGCGUAGCCCUAAUACACAAAGCUGGCAUCUGUGGCGCGGUGACUCCACAAUCCAACUUCGUGACUCUAGAUGAGCGGUUCAGGAUCCUCAAGGAGGUUGACUGGGAGUCUUUGGCGAAGGAACAAGAAACCCCUGCUGAAUCUGCUGUUCCCGCCGCUUCAUAG